CCAGGGAAUCCCUCCAGCCAGUAAUUUAAGCUGUCUGUUCGACUCAUGUGGAGCAGAGAGUCCACAGUCCUCUGAAAAGGAGAGAGCUAUCCAAUACCUUUCACUUUGAAAUUGUAUCUCAGGCCUUCAACUUGAGCACUAUGGAUUUGACCUCGGGAAUUGAGAAGAUGUGUGUAGGGCAGCAGCCAGUGAUUCCAGUGGCGAGGGGCGCAACGUGUCUGUCAUGUAAAGGGACCUGCUCUGGAUUCAUCCCACAUUCCUGGAGGAAAGUGUGCACAGUGUGUGGUUGCAGUGUGGAGGACCACGGCUCCAGUUGUGACCUAGACGAUGACCACAAGAUUGGCCGACUCCUGGCCGACUCCAAAUAUGCCCACCUGACCGCCAAGGUGAAGGGCAUCCGGGUGUACAAACGUAACCACAUGGUCGUCACCAACUCUGUCGUCUCAAAGAAGGACCCCACCUUCAACACCAUCACCUACGACUGGGCCCCGCCAGGACUCACACAGAAACUGGCCAUGCUGUACAUGGCGUUGAUCCCGGAGGAGAAGCGUCCAGUAGCAGGGACGGAGGGAGCGACGUACCGGCGCAGGCAGUUGAUGAGACAGCUACCUGUCUACGAUCAGGACCCCUCCCUGUGCCACGGGUCUCUGUCAGAGGACCAGCUCCAGGCCAUGUCUGUCUUCAUGAAGCGCUACAAAGAGGAGGCUCUAGGAGUAGGGGAGGUGGCGCUGCCUGGGGAGGGAGGCGCUAACCCUCCGCCCGUCAUCAAAGGACAUAGGCAGAAGAACGGGGCUGUGACUGGGGGACCUAGGAAGGCCCCCAUUAUCCAGUCAGACCCUAACACGACCAUCACCAACGGGACAGACGACCACUAUAAGAAGAGUAAAUAUCAUUGCAGUGGCUGCGGGGAGCUCGCCCCCCUGGACAGUCCUGUUGUGUAUGCAGAGGGGGCAGGCUAUGACAAGCAGUGGCACCCGACCUGCUUUGUGUGUUCAGAGUGUGGGGAGGCCCUGGUUGAUCUGGUAUACUUCUGGAAGGAAGGAGAGCUGCUGUGUGGAAGACACUACUGCCAGAGGACCAGACCCCGUUGUGCAGGCUGUGACGAGCUGAUCUUCUGUGAGGACUACAAGAAGGGAAUAGACAGUCGGGCGUGGCACCAGGACCAUUACUGCUGCUGGCAGUGUGGACAGAGUCUGGACAGCCCCUGUUCCUGCCCCCAAACACCCUGCCCCAGCCCUGUUUAGGUCCCCUGGACCUAAACGUGUAAUUAUAAAUAUAUGUAUAUGCAAUAAUUAUUUUAAAAUGUAAUAACAGUGUAAUGAUAGUAAUGCUGAUUUUUUUAUUUUUUUAUUAGUUAAAUUAGUUCAAUGCCUUGUUAUCUUGUUAGAUUAUAGAGAAUAAAUAAAGAUAAUUUGUUUGUUUUUAAAAUGGCUGUUAUCUGUGCUCUUAUGCUAACAAUUUGACCAUUUCUGCCUUGUUGAAGUAGAUGAUUCUGUUAAUUUUAAUCUAAUUUAAGUAGUUAUCCAUUUUGUUUUAGUUAGUAGUUAAUGUACAGUUAACCAUUUUGUUGGUCGAGUUACUAAUUUAAGUACAGUUAUCCAUUUUGUUUGUCUAGUUAGUAGUUCAUGUCCGGUUAUCCAUUUCCUACAUAUACAUUAUAGAUAUUUGAUGUUAUAAAACUGUUUUGAUCCCAUCCUAAUUCUUAGUACUCGCUAAUGGUCCUUUAUAUUGGUCUCACUCGCACGCACGCACACAUAUACACACGAAAUCAAGACUCAAUC